UUCUUAAUUCUUUCUAUUAAUAUUUUUACUUUAUCUUCAUUAAUUAGAUAACAUUCUUUGUUAAAAAAUUAAUAAUAAGAGAUUCUUUUAAUUGAUUAAUUAAUAUAGCAUAACUUAUAUAGAAAGAAAGAAUUAGUUUUUCAAUAUAAAAUGAGUUCUUUCGAAAGACUUAGUGUCUUAGAAUAGUAAAGAAUAAAGUUAGAAGAAGCAUAGAUGAAAAAAAAAGUUAUAGAAGAAAAGAAGAAAAAGGAAUUAGAAGCUAAAGCUAAAGAAGAGAAACUAAAAUAAUAAUAGGAAUCUAAACUUUAGAAAUAAAGUGCAGUAGGAUAGUAAUCAUUAACUAUUAAUUCAAAUGUAAAAGAAAGCAAUAAAAAGAGUAGUUUACCUCCAACAGGUUAAGGUAGUGUAUAAAAAAGACCUAAUAGUGCAUUAAAACCUAGUGACUAAGGUAAUAUUAGAUAAGCAAAAGAUGUAGUGUAAAACAAAUAAGCAGGACCUGUUUAAAUGCUGAAAAAGGUUAUCUCUUUAGAGGAUAUCGAAGAAUAAAGAGCUGAAAUAGAACCAGAUUCAGAUAAAUACUAGCAAGAAAAGCCAAAAGAAAUAAAAAAUGCAUACAAUAAUGUUGUUGUAAAGGAGUAUCAAAAAGAAGAAAUUAAUGUCAAAGAUAAGUAUUUGAUGUAGUUAUAGAUUUAAGAAUAGAUGAAAAAAAUAUAAAAAACAUAGGAAUUAAAAUAAUAAUAAGCUAAGUAGAAGAAUAUGCUGAUGAAAUAGCAAGUAAUAGAAGAAAUGUUGAAUUAAACAAAUUAAGAUUAAAAAUAAAAUUAAACAAGUAAUAAAAAUGCAUAAGCAGGUUAUAAAGAUUCAUCUAAUUAGCAUGAUAAAUAAUAUAGAUUUAAAUAGGAAGAUUAAAAUGAUGUAGAAAAAGAUGAUUUAAAUGAUACUCUAGACUAUAAUUAAAAUAAUAAAAAUUAACAGAGGAUUUAUCAAGAACGUCAAUCAUAAAAUUUUAAAGUAGAAUAAAAAGGUCAAAAAAAUUAACAAUAAAAUGAGUAAAAUGAAAAUAGCUCAGAAAAUUAAUUGUCUUAAAUGUACCCGGUAGACUCAUUAAAUUAACUACCUCCUUUAAAAUCAAUAGCUUAAACUAGCAAUACUAUGAUUGAUAAGAAUAAUUAGAGUUAGAAAGGAACUAGUAAUAGGGCAUAGAUGGUUUAGUCACAAAACUACGUUGGAGAAGAAGAGAUUAUUAGUAAUUAUCCAGUAUAAAAUAGAGAAAGUGUAAUAAGCAAUAAAGCCUCAACAAAUAAUGGAAUCAGUGAUUCUGUUCAAAGAUCAAAAUUAGAAACAUAAAAAAAGUCCUCUAGUUAUAUGACAGGAUAAGCAAAAAUGCCUGAAUCAUUUUAAAAGAGUAAUGUGUCUAAUAGUUAUCAGAGUAAAAUUCACAAUAAAUCAUAAAGUAAUUCCAUUCAAAAAACAGAAUUUGAAAACAAUUCUGGCAAAAACUCAAAGCAAUUUGAAAAAGCUGAUGCCUCAAUCAAAGUAAGUUAACUUAAUAAAUCUAUAAGGGAUUAAAUAUUUUAAGACGAAAUUGACUACACAGAAUCUGUUUAAGUAGAUGCUUAAUACCCAUUUUUAGAAAAAUAAAGUAAAUCUCACUAAAAAAAUAAUUAAAAUAAGAGCUUUUCUGUUUAGGAAAGCUAAGAAAGAGUAAGCAAAGUAUAAAAUUAAGAUAAACAGAAAUAGUCCAGCUUUUUAAAAUAAAAAAAUAAAAAAAAUAAAUAUUCUUCCAGUCCUUGUAUCCAGCAGGAAGAUUUUGAUGAAUCUGAUCAGGAAGAAGAGACAAAUUAAUAAUAAAAUACCUCCAAUUUUAAUUUUUAAAAUAAAAAUAACAGCAAAUUUUCUAACGAUUCUUAAAACUUAAAUAAUAAUUUAAGUGCAGCAUCAAAUGGUUCAUAACGUUUCUUGAAAUCUUCAGCACAAAAUGAAAGAUUCCCUAUUUUUAAUAAAGGGUCUUAAAUAUAAAACAAUCAAGAUCAAGAAGAUUCCGAAACAGAAUGCAAAAAAUAAUCUUUAAAAAAUUUAUCUGACAAAUCUUUUAACAAGCAAUCAGCUUCUAAAAUAGAAGAAUUUUUCGAAAACGAAUGCUAAGAAGAUAAAGGAGACAAUACAGCACCUAAAGUUUUCUAAACUUUCAAGUCUAAUCCUAUCUAGCUUUAAGGGAACUUUUAUAAUUCAAACUAUAAUAAUUAAGAUAGCAACGAAGAAGAAGAAUAAAUUGAAAACUAAGGCGAAGAAGAAGAAGAUUUUGAUGGUAAUUAAGAAAAUUAAUUUGAAUAAACUGAAUUCGAAGAUAUUGGAAACAACUAUGCUGCUCCUUAAAAACUUAUGAAUGAAGUAAAAGGUAUGAAUAAGCAAAAUUCUAAUGAUAACUAGCUAAAAUAAUUGAGUGAUUAUAGUGAUCAAUAAGAUGAUGCUCAAGAUUAAAGUGAAGAUGAUAAAGAAGAAUUGUAAGAUGAAGCUUCCUUAAGCACAAAAUUAUAAGGAAGCAAGUAAACAAACGAAGAACCUAUGAUAGUAAGUUUUGGAGUGUAAAAUUAAUAAUCAUUUGGUAAAUAAAACAAUCUGAAUGAAUCUUAAAAGCAAAGACAAAAUAUUAAAAAGAAUAGCUAUGAAGACGAUAGCUUGAAUGAAAAUUUUUAAACUUUUGGAGCAAGAGACAGUGAUAAAUUUUUAGGAAUGGCUAUUAAUCAUACCAAAUAACAGAAAUCAGUUGAGCUGAGAAAAUCUCAAAAGCCUUCUUAGGAUUUUAACGAUACCUAAAAAUUACCUUAUUGUGACUAAACAGCUUAAUUUAAUGAAGAAGUAAAUCCUUUCAAAUAGUUAAAAUAAUAAAUGAGGCAAGUGAAAUAAAAUUAAUAGAUAAACAAGCAAGAUCUCUAAAAAAACUAAGAAUUUGACAGAAAGAGAUAAGAUAUUUUGAAAGAUGCUGAAGACAAUAUUAAGAAAGUUAUGAAUGACUAAAUAAGAAUGGCAGAUAGCAAUAAAUUUAAAUUUAGUGAAUAAGAAGAAAGUGAAAGCCCAUUAAAUAAUUAAUCUUAUAAAUCUGGAAUAAGCUAAAAUAAAUCAGCUCAAACUAGAGCUUAGUUACUUGAUAAUAUGAGAAAAAAGAAAGACUCUAAACAAGAAAUAAAUGGUAAUAGUCAAUAAUAUAAUCAAGAUAAAUUCCUAAGUUAACCACCAAGCAGACCAUAAUUUAUCACGCAGAGCAAUAUUUCAGAAUUAAAACAUAAUAACUAGACAUUAAAUAAUAAUAAUUCUGAUAAAAUGUCAACCCCAGAUUAAUAAAGCUUCCUUAAAAACUCAUUUGAUUUAAAGUUUUAGGAAGCUUAUGAGUAGUAAUAUGAUUAAUCUUGUAAUUCUUAAAUGAUAGAAGGAUCUCCAAUAUAAUUUGUUAAAAAUUAGAAUGAUAUUUAUCAGAAAUAUAAUAAUGUUAAUCAAGAGAGAGAUUCGGUCCUAAAAAAAUCACAAUAGGCAGAUUCUAAAAGCAUUAGCGUUGUUCAUAAACCUAAUUAUGAUGAAGAAAACGAAGAAGAUUUCUGGCAAAAAUAAAAGUAAACAGAGAAUAAGAAAAGAAAAGUAUGGGGGAAUUAAAAGCCUAAUUAAUAAAUUUAAGAUAAGUAAUUUUAAAUGAGUGAUAAAUUGUCUUAGUCUAUUGGGUAAACUAGCAAUGUUAUGCCAAAUUAAUCUAACUAUCACAGUAAACUGUAAAAACUACAUGAAAGUGAGGAAUUUUAAGAUAACGAAUUCAUAGAAUUAACUUUAAAAUAAAAAAUUUAAGAUUAAAAUUUGUAGAAUUCUUAUGAGCAAGCAGAUAAUUAUAGAAAUGAAUAGCCUAAACUAUGGGCAACAAGAAAUAUUAAUGCUGGAAGCAAUAGAGGUGGUUAUAAAGGAUAUAGUUAUAACGGCAAUUAGUUAGAGAUGGAAAGAGAGGAGGAAGAUUAAGAAGACUAUGAUUAAAGUUAAGGUUAUAGUCAAAAUUAUAACAAUUAAUACAGAAAUCACUAUGAUGAUGAUGAUGAGGAAGAUUAAGAAUAAGAAGAUCAAAAUGAUGAAGAUUAUUCACAAAAUUAUCAAAAUAAUUAUUAUAAUUAAUAAUAAUAUUAUGAAUAAGAGUAUGAUGAUUAAGAUUAAGAUUAAAAUGCUAGUAAUUAUAAUGAUAAUUAUCAAUAAGAAAAUGAUGAUGAUAAUUCAUAUAAUUAAUAUCAAAAUAAAAAUAAAGGAUUUUAAAAUUAAAGAAACACAUAUAAAGGUUAGAAUCAACGUCAUCAUCAUAAAGAAGAAAAUGAUGAUGAAAGCGCAGACAAUAAUAGUUAGACUAACUAAGAUAAUAAUAUCUAAUUGAAUGAUGAUAAUAGUGAUAAUUUUAGUCCAUAAAAAUAAGAUAAGAGUCUUAAUGAAUCUAAUGAAGAAAAUAACUUAAAUCAAAAUAACAAAAGCAGCAAAUAAGAAGAUGAAGAAGAGGAAUAAAAGUAAAUAUAAAAGGGUGUUGCAAUGACAAUUGAUUUCGGUGAUAAAGAUGAUGAUGAAUUAGAAAGAAAGAAGAAAGCUUUUGAAAUUAAAAGAUUAAAAAAGAUAUAAGAGUUAGAGAUGUAAAAACAAAAGAAAUAAUAAGAAAUUCAGUAGAAACAGCUAUUGUAAGCAGAUGAUUAGCUAUCAGGAUAAAAAGAAAGAAAAUAAGCUCAUAAAAAGUAGCCUUCUUAUUAGAUUUAGUAAAGGUAGAAAGCUCAAUAAGAUGGCUAAGCUAGAAGUGAAAAUAAUACACCUAGUAAUAAGCAGUAAGCCAAGAAAGCAAAUGAGAAUUAAAAUUAAUUUGCAAAAAACUAGUAAAAUAUAUUCUCAGUAAAUCAAAGAGACUAGAUUAUAAAUCAGAACUCUCCGAAAUCAAAGUCACCUGUUAGACAGCAACCAGUAAAAGAAAAAGUAAAGCUUCCUGUUAUCAACAAAAAAAAGGAAAAUAUUGAAGAAGAAAAUAAAAGUGAUCUUCAAGAAAACUUCACACCUAAAAUAUCAGUUUUAGAGAACCCUACUACAAAACCUCGUAUACCUUUUUCUAAGCCAUCAAAUAAGUAGUUGAUUUCUUAAGCAAUUACAAAGGUUUGUUUGGCAGGUCCAACUAACUCUAAAGAAAGAGAAAUAGCUCUUAAAAAAAUAAAAGACUCAUAAUAAGAGCAUUUCAUAGUUUUAUUCAAGGGUAUAAAUGGCCGUUAAGAUUUUAAAGCAUUAUACUCAAUGGAUAGCAAUACUAAUGAAGUAAAAAAAAUAUUUGGGCUAAACACUGCUCCUACUUAAAUUGAUUUAGCAUCUGUUCAAGCCUUUUAUAGAUAUGACAGCGGCUCUAAAGAAUUUAAAGAAAUUUUAGUUAAAGCAUUUAGCAAUCAAGUUGAUGCUGUACUUCUAAAGAAAUGA